AUGAACUGCCGUGGGACGCCGUCUCCUCCUACUUCCCGAUCUCUUCUGUUUAUUGUCACCAUAAUACAAGGUGACAAUAGCCGUGCUCCCAUUGUGUUCAACACGAUACUUGGCCAAGCGACCAAGUUCGUGCAGCACAGCCCCAAGGGUGAUGGAAUCCUCCAAAAUGCCACGUUCAGCCUCGAUCUCGAUGACGUGUACGCGCGAACCACGAAGGUGUAUCUGAUGGCCACUGAUGGCGUCACGCAUGUGCAUCAGAGUUUAGAACUGGAUCGGUCCACGGGAUACAUCAUCAUACAGACAGACAAGCCGUUCUACACGCCGAGACAAACAGUUAGGUAUCGUGUUGUCGCUCUUGGUGAAGAUCAACACUGGGCGCCAUGGAAAGUGCGAAUAGAUAUUAUAAGUCCAGAAGGUAUUGUUCUUGAGAGAACCGUGCACAGCUCUAAGGAUUCGUUCACAGGAAAGACGUUUCAACUGCCAAAAGAACCGACGCUGGGAGAUUGGCAAAUAACGGCAUCGUUUAUUACCCAUACAAAGCACACUCCUAAAAGUAAAGACCCAAAAACCAAGGAUCUGGACCACAAUACAAGACCAAACAAGACUGCUGUAGAACACAGUGUGAUCCAAGAAGAUGUUUCGAUAUUUACCCAAGAUCAUCUUCAGCUUCAUCUGACCAUCUCGGCUACUUAUUUUAUCCGCACCAUUGAUAGCGGUGGUCUUCACAAACAGACUGGCGUGAAAACUGAGUACCGCGAGUCGAUCAAAGCUGCUGUAAUAGAUGCUAUUAAGACUGUUGCAGUCCAGUUUCUUGUCAAAGAUUAUGCAAGCCGUCGGGAGUUCGUGGAGUCACAAAUGCGCAAAGAUCUGUGGAGCAAAGUCAGCAGCUUUUGUUGCCACAGUAACAACAUGUUUACUAAAUGUGGUUGCAGGCCAGUUUUAGCCUGUAAUAACAAGAACGACACCAAUCUGUUCGUAGGCUUCAUUAACUUCCACAUUGUUAAGGUGCCAAUUCCAACAAUGAUAUUGUCUCAUUUGGGGAUUCCCAAAACCAAAAGACCAGUCACAGGAAAAGUGAAGCCAACUGACCAGUCCUCAUCUAUAACAAAGAUAACUAUUGGAAAAAACGUGUCUACAACCUUUGAAGUAAAGGAAUAUGUAUUGCCAACAUUUUCUGCUUCACUGGAAGUUUCCACCAGAGUUAUUUUAGAAACAACAAAAAACUUCACAAUACGGGUUCGUGCUAAGUACCUCCAUCAAAAAGGAAUAACGGGAAAUGCAGUUGUGCGGUUGGGUGUGGUUAGGAGAAAUGAUGUGGCCUUGUUUCAUAAAGUGUAUUAUAAAGAGAUAGAGCAGGGUUAUGCUGAAAUUAUGGUGAAUGUUUCUGAGUGGAGAGCAUCGUCUCUCUGGUUCCCCAGUUCGGGUUCUGUACUCUAUGUUGGAGCAAACGUCACUGAUGAAUCGUCCCUGGAAACACAAACCCUUCAAAACCAAUCAACUGUCUUUGCUUUCAACGUAUUCAGCUUUUUGAGCAUCCACGAUAAAUAUUUUAUUCCAGAAAAAGCUUACAAUUUUGUGACGAAACUCGUGUAUGCCAAUGAUGACCCAGCAGCUGGAAUCCAAGUGAAGGGCACUAUUCACAGAUCUGAUGGGAGAAAACAAAUCCAAAUUGGAGUGUUCAAUAAAGUGACAUCUAUAAAUGGUGAGAUUCACGUCAACGUACCAGCAAAUCUGGUGCCAGGUACCAGCCGGGUGAUUUAUUUUAAGGUGACAAAAGAAAAAGACUUGCUUAGCAGACAGAGGUCUGUUACUUUCCAAGUAACUCCGGCUGAAGAAGAAAGUAUAUCUGGCCGAUAUCUAAGUUUGAAGGUUUUACCAUCAAAGACCCGUGAUGUCCUGUUGGAAGUGACACACACUGCCCAACUACUUGCUGAUCAGUCAGUUUAUUUACAUAUUCUGGCAAGUGACAAUUAUGGAGGAACAUUUACGUAG